AUGGCUACCGCGCCGAGCGGUACUCACAACUUCAAAGUUGUUUUACUGGGUGAGGGAUGUGUUGGAAAAACUUCUUUGCUGUUGCGUUAUAUAGAAGACAAAUUCAACGAUAAACAUCUUACUACACUGCAGGCCACAUUUUUAAACAAGAGAUUAAAUAUUAAUGGCAAACGCGUAAACCUUUCCAUUUGGGAUACUGCAGGUCAAGAAAAAUUCCAUGCAUUGGGCCCAAUUUACUACAGGAACUCCAAUGGGGCUAUCUUGGUAUAUGAUAUCACAGAUGAAGAUUCAUUUGGAAAGGUGAAAAACUGGGUUAAGGAACUGAAAAAGAUGUUGGGAUCUGAUAUUGUUCUCACAAUAGCAGGGAAUAAAAUUGACCUAGAACAUGAAAGAACUGUGCCACUCGAGGAAGCAGAGAGCUAUGCCAAUAUGGUUGGCGCUCAACAUUUCUACACUUCGGCCAAAUUGAACCAAGGUGUUGAGGAACUCUUCCUUGAUCUUACCAGAACUAUGAUUGAGAGGUAUGAGCAAAAUGCUCAAACAGAUGUUAACAGAACCUCACAAGUGGUGGUGGUUGACGAUGAGGCACCACCGACCCAGUCCUCUUGUUGCUCAGGUAAUCGGAGCAACUAA